AUGGGCAUCGAAAGAGAAAAUAGUGAUGCGGUUGAGGAGGAGAGUGAUGUAAUUAUUAAGUCAAUGGAAGCGUUGCAGCCCCAUUCAAGUCUAAAACAGUUAAUCCUGAAGUACUAUAUGGGUGCGAGGUUUGCGAGUUGGUUUCAUUCUCUCACAAAUAUUGUUGAUCUCAGAUUGUAUAACUGUGAUAGAUGCCAACAUCUUCCACCGUUGGAUCAUUUUCCUUUUCUUAAGAUUCUUGUGCUUUGGGGGUUAAGGAAUUUGGAGCACAUAUCAGCAGAAGACAAGGUUAAGGACUUUGCCGGUGAUGAGAUGAUGAUGAUGUCAGCUGCUUCUCCAUCGACGACCUUCUUUCCCUCCUUAGAGAGUCUUCGUCUAAUUCAUUGCCCUAAUCUCAAGGGAUGGUGGAGGAAUGAAACAGCUUCUUCAUUUCCUUAUCUUUCUACUUUAUAUAUAGAGAAUUGUCCUAGCCUAACUUCCAUGCCAAUGUACCCAAAUCUUCAUAGACUGGAGUUAAAGAACAACAGCUGGAAGGUCAUUCCCUCCUCCUUUGUUCCCUCAUCCAAAUUAAAAUCUCUGGACAUUAUGGGUGUUGAGGAUAUAGAAUAUGUGCCAGAAGAAGGGAUUGGAAACCUCACAUUACUCCGAGAGCUCUCAAUUACAAAUUGCCCUAAUUGGUAUCACUACCAGAUCAAGGGAUGGGUCGCCUCAUCUCCUUACAGGGACUGCAUAUUUCAGAUUGUCCUAAAUUGA